AUGCGCCGCUGGUCCGUCGCAUUCCUUGGCCUCUUGGCUCUCCCGGGCGCCCUGGCCGUCUACACCUGUAACUCGACCUCGGCCUGCCCCCAAAGCGCACCUUGCUGUUCCGAGUACGGCUUCUGCGGUACCGACUCGUACUGUCUGGGAGGAUGCGAGCCGCUCUACUCUUACACCGAGACGUCGUGUCUGCCAGAGCCCGUGUGCGAGUCCAAUGCCUGGCAGUUCACCGACCUCAGCCGCGUGCAGACCAACGGGACCCUGUACAACGGCAACGUCACUGCCUACGACUGGCUGGUCACGAAGGGCUCUCUUGAGCUUGACCCCGACGGAAACGGCGUGCGUCUCAUCCUCACCGAGGACAAUGGCGGUACCCUCCUCUCGUCGACCCGCUACGUCCACUAUGGCAAGAUCGAGUUUGUCUUGGAAACCACCAAGUGGAGCGGUGUCGUGACGGCCGCCAUCACCAUGUCGGAUGUCAAGGACGAGAUUGACUGGGAGUUUGUCGGCAACGAGACCACUUCGGCCCAGACCAACUACUACUUCCUCGGCCAGGCAAACUACAGUGCCACUGCUGGAGAGACCUACCAGGUCACUUCGGGUGGCGACACGUCUCAAAACUUCCACACUUACACCCUUGACUGGCAGGAGGACUACCUCACUUGGUCCAUUGACGGCAACAGCGUCCGCACGCUCACCAAGGCCGACACCAUGGCCUCGGACGGCCAGUACAAGUACCCUUCGACCCCUUCGCGCGUCCAGAUCUCAAUCUGGCCCGCCGGCAUCGACAGCUCGGCGCAGGGUACCAUUGAAUGGGCCGGCGGCAUGAUCGACUGGACCGACGCCGACUACAUUGCUCACGGCUACUUCUACAACACGCUCCAGAGCGUGACCAUUACGUGUGCGGACACGGACGACUCUAGUAUCACCGGGUACCAGUACACAGGCAAUGAUUCCAGCAACGUUCCAGUCGUCGGCUUCACCAACCGCUCUACCAUCAUUUCCGGCGCCCUCCCUGCAUCUGUGGCCUCGGUGGGACUUGCGGGCCUCUUCAGCGUUGCUGCUGUCGCCCUUCCCUGGGUGACCUGGUCGCUGUUCUAA